AUGAGGAAGAAAAGUCAACUGAAGUUACAGAAGAGGAUGUCGGGAAUCGAACCAGUAAGAGUCAAGUCACAUUGCCAUAUAGCACGCAUUGAGAACGCAACAGAUCUCAUGGAGCCGAUCGUGGUCUUGAUCGGGCUCGAUCGUAGUUCCUGUUCAGAGCCGCGUCUAUAUUUACACUGGUCGGUGCGAGGGAAGCCGGGAUAUCGAACUGAUGCCAGUCUCACUACGUGCCGUGAACAGACCGCGUGUUGUAUUGUGUAUCAGACAGCGACGGAUGGUGCUCGUAGUGCGCGCGUCGGCUUAUAUGCCGCUAAAAAGCACAUCAAAAUAUAA